AGAUUCAGCAUACAAACUCCCAGUAAUUCGGCGUCCCUUCGCUUGUUGCAAAAUCAUCCGUCCGACAUACGUGGGGGCCUCUCGCACUCCUCGACCGAAGACACCGAAGAAACCUCCAGGCCAAGGCGCCACCCGGAGAGAGAGAGAGAGAGAGAGAGCCCAGACACUACAGCCGUAGCCAUGGAUCGCUUCGCGCUGGACAAGCUCAAGAAUGUCAUGGACGACGCGAAGAGCGCCGUCAAGGCCAAGAUGGGCACAGAUGUAGAGCGCAAGAUGGAGGAGGCCCUAUCCAACAAGAACUGGGGCGCGUCUAGUACACUGCUCAAUGAGAUCGCACAGCUCACCUACGACUAUGAGGCCUAUGGAGUCAUCAUGCGCAAGAUCUGGGAAGCGCUAGACGCCGAGGGCCGCCAGUGGCGCGCCGUGUACAAGGCAUUAAGCCUGUUGGAGCACCUGAUCAAGAACGGUACUGAGCGUGUGAUCGAGAACGCACGCGACCACAUGUUCAAGCUGCGCCACCUCUCGGGCUUCUCUUACCACGAUGGAUCUGUCGACCGUGGCAACGGAGUGCGUGACAAGGCCAAGCAGCUCGUGGAUAUGCUGAACGACAAUGAUAUGAUCCGUACGGAGCGUGAGAAGGCUGGACGUCUGCGUAACAAGUAUGUGGGUAUUGGCAGCGGCGUUGGCGGUGGAAUGGGAGGAGGUUACAGUGGCAGCAGUAGCUACAGCGGAGGAGGUGGCGGCUACAGUGGCGGUGGUGGUGGUUACAGUGGCGGUGGUGGUGGUUACAGUGGCGGUGGUGGUUACAGUGGCGGUGGUGGUUACAGUGGCGGCGGUGGUGGCAGCUACAGUGGCGGUGGUAGUACGAGUUACAGUGGGGGAGGAGGCGGCUACAGUGGCGGUAGCAGAGGUUACGGCGAUAACGACUCGAAAGGCUACCAGGAGAAAGACAAGAGCUACUCCAGUCGCUACGCUGAUGAUGACCGUGAUGACGGAAGCGGUGAGUCGGAGUCCGAAGAGGAAGUCCGAUCCAAGCGACGAACGGCGUCGUCGAAGAGAAAGGCAGCUGCGAAGAAGAAAGAGGAACCUGAGCCCAAGCCUGCAACAAAAGCACCUUCCGCAGCGCCGUCUCUUCUGGACAGCGACUUCUUCAGUGCCGCUCCCGCUGCAGGUACAACUUUGUCAUCUUUAUUCAAUUGGCUUUUAUCGACACUUAACGCUUCAUGUUCGCAGCACCCGCUGGAAACACAUUCGACCCGUUUGCUCCUGCUCCUGCUGCUCCUGCCGCUGCGCCUCAAACGGCGUCAUUUGCUGCGUUUGGAAACGCUGCUCCCGCUCCUCAGCAGUCUUUCGACGCGUUCGGCGCACAGCCGCAGCAGCAACAAGCCUCGUUCAAUGCUUUCGGAAACACCAGUGCCCCUGCUCAAGGGAACGCUCAACAGUUCGCUGCUUUCCCUGCACCAGCUCAGCAGGGCUUCAACGCGUUUGGCCAGCAAGGCAACACCGCAGCCCCACCUGCUCCUGCGUUCAACCAGCAGCAGUUUGGACAGUUCGGUGGGAUGCAGGGCGGUAUGCAGGGCAGUAUGCAAGGAAUGCAGGGUGGAAUGCAGGGAGGUAUGCAACAGCCUAUGCAGGGUGGCAUGAACAUGCAGCAGAGCCGCACAGCUUCGAACCCAGGGAUGAGUCAGACGCGAACGAACUCUGGUCCGCAGCCGGAGCAGAAGAAGAGCAACGACGCAUGGGGAGCUGGCUCUUCGCUCUUCGACCUCAACAACCUGGGAAGUUCUACCGGUAGCAAUGCCAGCAACGCAGGUCGUCCUGGUCAGCAGCAGCAGUCCAACGCAAGUUCCAACAGCUUCAGUGGUCUGGAUACUCUCGCUGGUAUGCCCAGUAAGCCUGCAAUGGGAGCUGGAGGUAUGAACCCCAUGGGCGGUGGAAUGAACUACGGCGGUAUGAACCAGGGUGGAAUGCAGCAGCCUUACGGUCAAAUGCAAAUGGGUAUGGGCGGUAUGCAGCCUCGACCGAUGGGAGGUAUGGGCAUGCAGCCAGGAAUGGGUAUGCAACAACCAGGAAUGGGUAUGCAACAGCCAGGAAUGGGUAUGAUGAACCAGGGAGGCUUCGGUGGCAUGGGGCAGCAGCAACAACAGCAGCAGCAACAGCAGAGACAGCAGCAGGCGUUCAGUCAGUUCGGCAACUUUAGCUGAAGUGGUAUCAACCCAGCCACUCUUGGUUGUUAAUUAGCGCUACGGUCUCAAGACGAGGAAGACAGGUGCUCAAUAUGCUGAUAAUGAAACGGGAGUGGCAAGUUGAUGCCUACCGUCCGAAACAAUUAGACAAAGGGGUUGUCGGAUAAGUCCCAGCUUGUGUUUGUUCUAGUACGUUUGCAAAAGAACAGCAUUGGUGACAGUUCUAGCUCAGGCCUGCAGCAAUAACACAGCAGACUCACAAUGAUCAUUGGCGCUUUGUGUAGAAUCCAAAACGCCUCAAUUGACAUCACUUCCCCUCUGCUGUGACGCUGAUGUUUCAACGCAGAGAGGUUGUUAGAUGAUGAUGGAGG